AUGCUUUCGGGUAUAAACCGACCCCAGUCAAAAGAGGCUCUGGACAAGCUGCUCACGGCAGACUCAAGCGUCGUGAUCUUGCAAACCACUGACCCCAAGGAUGCUAUACUCGUAUCAGCAGUGACCGAAAAGGCUGCUGGCUCCGCUGUGUUCGGUGUGGUAGACAAGCCAGAGAUCUUGGGCUCCAAGUAUAUGUCGCCAAGCCUGCUCUGCCACAAGAAUGGUGAAGACUAUGCAUACAACCAAGUAAUCGAGGUUUCUGUCAAUCCCAAGGAGCUCUCUGGUCAAGAUAUCAGGAAUCUGGCCAACGUCGAGCUGUUUGUCGAGGACUGUGUGACACCGCAGAUACCUGAGUUUGGCCGGCGGAAGAUGAACCACCUGUACUCUCUGCGAAAACCAAUCGUCUACGUCUUUCACGAUGUGCCUAUGUCAAUAUCACGAGCACUUAACCCACUGACCAAAGCCUGGGCGGGAGUAGUCCCGUUCGUGCACUUGGACUCCAAGCAGCACGCUGAGAUGGUCCUGGCCUUGGGUCUGGACCCCAACGGGGGAUUCCCUGCUGUCACAGUCGAGGGCGUCAUCAAUGAUCAGGUGUACCCGAUGCCGCAGGACUGGGCAGUGGAGCCUGAAAAUGUUGAUGCAUUUGUGGGGGGAAUAUUGCAUGGGAAGGCGACUGGUGGCAGGAAAGGAAUGGGCUGGGUCCAGCAAGCUGGUUUGAAAGGUAAUCACAAAGGGCGAGAUGUGAAGGACGAGUUGUAA